CAAGCGCUAAUCAAGGCUCAGGUGUCAUCCUCCGUUUUAACUAUUCCUCGCUUUUGGUUGAUCUUGAAUUGUAUCAACUAUUUUUCGUCAAAGAUCAAUCUGCUUCCCUGCCUGCCUGUGUUUUUCCUAUUGUCGUCGUCUCCUUCCCUUCCCUUCGACAAACAACAAUCUUCAUCUUGAGGAAUUUUUAUUUCGUUCUUGUUCUCGGUUCAUCCAUCAUUCAUUCCAGUUUUUCUGCAGCAUUUUUUUCUCACUCCAGUGAUCACUCACUCUCCCUGACACACAAAUCAUAGGACCCACCCACCCAACCCGAGAUUUCUUUCAUUCGUGAGAUGGGUUUCGUUUCGAUCGAUCUCCCAAAGUGAACAGAAAGGCUUCACUCCAACUAACUCGAUCUCUAAAUGCUUAUGCUUGCACAGUACCUCCUGCAAUGGAGAAUUUACCUUAUGCAGGGCAGAUGAAGAUGAUGAUGAUCACUGCAGCAGCAUUUGCUGCCACUCUUUCGCUGUUCGCCGCCGUCGUUCUAACCGCUACAGACCCAAAUGACUUGGCCGUACUGCAGGAGUUCCGGAAGGGUUUGGAGAAUGGGGAGCUGCUGAAAUGGCCGGCCAAUGGCGGGGACCCCUGUGGGUCUCCCAGAUGGCCGUACGUGUUCUGUUCGGGCAACCGAGUCACUCAGAUUCAGGCCAAGGGUUUGGGUCUCAAGGGUCCUUUACCUCGGAGCCUGAACCAGCUGUCCAUGUUGCAGAACCUUGGCCUCCAGAGGAACCACCUCAGCGGGGAGCUCCCCAGCUUCAGUGGCUUGUCUCAACUGCAGUUUGCCUAUUUGGACUACAACAAUUUCGACUCCAUCCCCUCCGAUUUCUUUCGCGGGCUAAUCAGUUUGGAGUCCCUGGCUUUGGACCACAAUGCCCUUCUCAACUCAUCCUCUUCCUGGUCCCUUCCGGCGGACUUGCAGGGCUCUGCUCGCCUCAAGAACCUGUCUCUGAUAAGCUGCAAUUUGGGCGGCCCUUUGCCUGAGUUCCUAGGAAAGAUGUCGUCCUUGGAGGUUUUAAAGUUGUCGCUGAAUCGCUUGACUGGGGGCAUCCCGGAGACCCUCGGGGGGUCUCUCCUGACGACGCUUUGGCUGAAUGAGCAAUCCGGGUCGGGUAUGACCGGCCCGAUCGACAUUGUCGCAAGUAUGUUGUCCCUCACCACUCUCUGGCUCCAUGGGAACCAUUUCUCAGGUAAAAUCCCGGACAAAAUUGGUGACUUGGUUUCUUUGCAGGAUCUUAAUCUCAACGGCAAUGAUCUUGUUGGUUUGAUUCCUGCCAGCUUGGCAAACAUGCGUGCCUUGAAUCGUUUGGAUCUGAACAACAACAAGUUCAUGGGUCCUGUCCCUAAAUUCAGAUUCAACGCCACCUACUCAUCCAAUCCCUUCUGCCUGCAGCCUGAUCCCAUUCCCGGGGCCUUGUGUGCUCCUGCUGUUAUGGCUCUGUUAGAGUUUCUCGACGGGGUGAACUACCCUGCCAGGCUCGUGGCUUCCUGGUCGGGUAACACGCCCUGUUCCUGGCUCGGAGUUGGAUGUGAUCCGGCUGGGAAGAUCAUCAACUUAAACUUGCCUAAUUGGAACCUUUCGGGUGUGUUAAGCCCUUCCAUUUCAGCUCUUGAUUCGCUGUCCCAUGUAUAUCUGCAGUCCAACAAUCUGUCGGGUCCCAUCCCUUCCGACUGGACUAGUCUGAAAUCGCUGACGCUUUUGGAUUUGAGCGGGAACAAUCUCUCCGGUGAUGUCCCGAAAUUUAGCAACAAGGUCAACCUUUUCUUGCAAGGCAAUCUUCUGUUAGGUCAUUCCAAUGGAACCCCGCCGCUGCAUGUCCCCCAAUCUUCGUCAAUGUCAAAUGAUGGUUUCGGGGAUGGGAAAGGGACAAGCUAUAACUAUAAGCUGGUUGUCAUCAUUGCCUCUCUUGCUGCCAUUGCAUUGUUAAUUUGUUUCGUCAUCAUCCUGAUCUCUGUAUACUUUCGUAAGAAGAAGAGGAGGAGGAAGGAUGAUCAGUUAGCUCCUAGCUCCCUUGUUGUUCAUCCCAGGGAUCCAUCAGACGCAGACAAUAAUACGGUGAAGAUUGCGAUCGCAGACAACGGCGCUGCCUCAAUGAUCACAACUGGCUCUGCUGCAAGUGUGAACAGCGGCGAGUCGCAUAUCGUCGAGGCCGGAAACCUCAUCAUAUCUGUCCAGGUCCUCCGCAAUGUCACCAAGAAUUUCGCCCCUGAGAACGAGCUUGGGCGGGGUGGGUUUGGGGCAGUCUACAAAGGUGAGCUGAACGAUGGCACAAAAAUCGCUGUGAAGCGGAUGGAAGCGGGAGUGAUGAGCAGCAAGGCGCUCGAUGAAUUCCAAUCGGAGAUCACAGUACUUUCCAAAGUUCGCCACAGGCAUUUGGUAUCACUUCUGGGAUAUUCAAUAGAAGGAAACGAAAGAAUUCUUGUGUACGAGUACAUGCCUCAGGGGGCUCUCAGUAAGCAUCUUUUCCACUGGAACAAGUUUCAGCUCGAGCCUCUAUCGUGGAAACGGCGCCUGAAUAUCGCCCUGGACGUCGCCCGGGGAAUGGAGUACCUCCACACAUUAGCUCAUCAGAGCUUCAUACAUAGAGAUCUAAAAUCUUCCAACAUUUUGCUCGGGGAUGAUUUUCGAGCCAAAGUGUCCGACUUUGGUCUUGUUAAACUCGCACCCGAUGGAGAGAGAUCUGUUGUCACGCGGUUAGCCGGCACAUUCGGUUACUUGGCACCUGAAUACGCCGUUAUGGGUAAAAUCACGACGAAAGCAGACGUGUUCAGCUUCGGUGUGGUUCUAAUGGAGCUACUGACGGGGAUGACGGCACUGGACGAGGAGAGAGUGGAGGAGAGGCAGUACUUGGCGUCAUGGUUCUGGAGCAUCAAAUCGGACAAGGAGAAGCUGAUGGGGGCGGUGGACCUGAGUCUGGACAGGGAGGAAGAAAUGUUUGAGAAGAUGGUUGGGGUGGUGGCAGAGUUGGCUGGUCACUGCACCGCAAGGGAGCCGAGCCAGAGGCCGGAGAUGGGGCAUGCGGUGAAUGUGCUGGCGUCGCUGGCCGAGAAAUGGAGACCGGUGGACGACGAUGGGGAGGAGUGCUGUGGGAUCGACUACAGCCUUCCGCUCGACCAAAUGGUGAAGGACUGGCAGCAGGCGGAAGAGAAGGAUUCUAGCUGCUGCUUCGUGGACUUGGAUGAUAGCAAGGGCAGCAUCCCAGCUAGACCUGCGGGAUUUGCCGACUCCUUCGCAUCCACGGAUGGCCGUUAAUUAAUUAGCCGUUACUUACUUAGUAACUUACUAAGACCUAGCCUCCAAUAUGCCCUUACCCGUACCCGUACCCGUACCCGUACCAGUCAAAUGCUUGGAGUUGGCUUCUCUUUUCUUCUCUUAUCAAAUUUGUGAUUUAAUUAAUUUGUUUAGUUAGUGCUUGUUACUUCCAAAGUGUUCAUGGCAUGGACAUAUAUAGUAGUGCAAUAGUCCUGUAGUUGCAGUUGCAGCUGCAGUUGCAGUUGA